GACCAGUUUACGCCUAUGUAGUAUGUGUCAAUGAUCCAUCAUCUCGUGGAUUCGAUAGACGACGUUCAGAAUCGGAAUCGUCGACAAUAAUUCGAAGGCAAAACGUUCAGCUCAGACUUCCCUCGUGUGACGAUCGGCGUGUUCAUCGAAUAGUUAACGAACAAUUAAGUCGCCGACGGAUAAUCCAGCAAUCGGUCAUUAGCAAUGGCUGCGAGCAAUAACAGUUUCAUAAGUAAACCAGCACGCGGAUGGUUGCAUCCGGAUCAUCUAGUGAGCAAAGAAGGGAUUACUUAUACGGUAAAGUACAUAGGAUGUCUCGAAGUAUACACCUCUAUGAAGAGCUUAGAUUUUGAAACACGUUCGUGCGUAGCUAAGGAAUGUAUAAAUAGAGUUUGCGAAGCUGCUGGAUUGAAGUCUGCUGAUAAGAAGAGAUGGGUUGACAUGAAAGUGUUGAGAGCCAUAGCAGAUAAGCCCUGUAUGGAGCAUACUGCAACCAGUGUAAACCUGACCAUCAGCAGUUGCAGUUUAUCCUUAAGUAACAUCGAAACCGGACAUAUCAUAGCUAGACACGAUAUGCCACGUAUAUCUUUCGCAUCUGGCGGUGAUACGGAGAUACUGGAUUUUGUUGCGUACGUUGCUAAAAAUAUGCAAGAGUGGCGUGCUUGUUACGUACUCGAAUGCAAGGGUGGUUUAGCGCAGGAUGUUAUAUCUACUAUCGGACAGGCGUUUGAGCUCAGGUUCAAGGAAUUUCUUACGAAACCGGGGUCUCUGCACCCUGCGCUGAACGGUGUGAGGGAAGCGGAUAGAGAUUACUACAACGAUCUGCCAGGGAAGGUACCGCCAGACAUCGGCCCACCGCCAGUACCUCCUCUGCCAAACACAGCGUCCACUUUGCCCAAUUUGAGGCAUCAUCACAAUCACGCAUCCCGUAGUCACACGCAAAAUACCGCGGUUGAUUCGUUCUCCUCCGCUGUUGAUAGGCAUCAACAAUGGGCAGAAACUGGAAACCUGAUAGAUUUGAAUUCAGACGGAACUAUAUCCGCAUCAACAAACUUAAAUACUGUGCCUGAACAUAAUUAUGUAAACGACAAUGUCAUAGCUACGAACAGGGACAACCAUCGUGAGCCGGCUUCGCUUUUUGACGUUUUCGAUAUGGAACCAUUUAGUUCAGCAAUAUCGGAUAUGAAUAGACUAAGUCCUCGAUCGCAGAAGCAACAAUUGAAGCAGGAAAUUUGGUUUCACGGAAGUGUCAGUCGAUCUGAGGCGGAAUCUAUGCUUACUAGAGAUGGUGACUUUUUGGUCCGAGAGUCUCAAGGUUCCCCUGGCCAAUAUGUUCUGACUAGCAUGAAUGACGGGACUCCGAAGCAUUUAUUACUAAUUGAUCCCGAAGGCGUCGUACGCACAAAAGAUCGUGUAUUCGAUAGCGUGAGCCAUUUAGUGCAUCAUCAUUGUGACAAUGUAUUACCUAUUAUAUCGGUUGAUAGCGUUUUAGUGUUGCGUUAUCCUAUCCCGAGGCAUACAAAUUACUGAUUUUUGUAAUAACGUCGAAUAAUAAUUAAGGCCACAGAUUAGAUAGCGAUUUCCCUGGAUAGCUCAUAUCUUCGCAUGCCUUGGCAAGUUUGGACUUCCUGAGAUAUAUUUCGAAUUUGUCGGACUCCUUAAUCUGUCACACACCAACGUUUUGUGAUUGCUUUCAUCUAUUUGGCGAAUUUUUGGAUCCCUGAACCACUAUAAAACGUGUCAACUCAGGCGAAGGGAUUGAUAUCAUUCUUUGAAUGUAUGAAAAUUAAGCACAUCCCGUCUUCUUUUUUGAAACAUCUCUAUUAUUUGAUUUCCACUUUACUCAAGAUCGCUAUAUAUAAGAGAAUUUUGUAUAAUAUCUAACUAUAUUUCAGAUACAAUAUUCCUUUUAUAUCAUGAGUACAUUAUGGUAAUUUAGAAAAAUCUUAUCGAGGACAAUUGUGUACAAUGCAUUUUAUGGUCUUUGCUGAUUUUUGUAUCAUACUUUUUUUUAAUGUUCGAUUAUAAAGAAAAGUAAACGAAACAAAUUUUUCAAAUGUUUCCUUGCGUUGUUACGUAUGCGGGUGCGUUAAUUUUAUUUUGCAGGUAAUAUCUAUUUUCUCUUAUCGAUAUAUAAAACAGUAUAAAAGUAAUUUUGUGUAACAUCUGGCAAAGUAGGGUUGAUAUUGCAAUCGUCUUGUCAGUGUCUUAGUAAAUUCAAUGAUUUCUUCUUCUGUCCUGUACGUGUACAUUAUGUAUUAUAUAGCGGUGCCAAUUAGUCAUAAUUAACUAUAUGUAACAAUAAUUCAUAUGUAUUUAAUAAAAUUUUUACAUCCGGAGGUUA